UCUGUCGCCGUGGCAGCUGAAGGCGGCGGCGAGCUUGGGGCAGCGGGGAAACUUUUAGGGACCCGCCAGAGGUCUACAGUUUCCCUCCCUCUGGAACGGGUCCUUGAUGUUUCUCGCACCUGAUUCUUUUGUCCAGCCACUUGCAAAGAGUUCGUAAUGGCCAAAGACAUCCUAGGGGAGGCGGGUCUUCACUUUGAUGAGCUGAACAAACUGAGAGUUUUGGAUCCAGAGGUGGCCCAGCAAACCACAGAGCUGAAAGAGGAAUGCAGGCUAUUUGUAGACAAAAUUGCAGAAUUUAAAAAAAUAGUGGGCAACCUCAUUGAACUUGUAGACCAACUAGCAAAAACCACCGAGAACGAGAAGAUUAAGGCAAUUGGGGCCCGCAACUUACUGAAGUCAAUAGCAAAGCAACGAGAGGCCCAACAGCAACAACUCCAGGCGUUGAUCGCCGAGAAGAAGACGCAGCUGGAAAGGUACCGAGUAGAGUAUCAAACGCUGUGCAAAAUAGAAGCGGACCAGAAUGAAUUCAUUGACCAGUUUAUCUUCCAGAAGUAGAGCAAGAAUUGAGGGCAGCCAACAGACCAAGAGAACUUGAACCAUUCCCGUUGUUCCAGAACAGACAAUUUGCACAUGCUGUGGAAGCAUUGACCAAGGACACACCCUGCAAGGUCCCCCCCCCCCCAGUCCAGCGAGUUUUCAUCGACCCCAAGCAACCUGCCUUGUGGUUGGGGUUGAUGGAAGACCAUGGUCUGCAGGUUCCCUGGGAAGAUCAUUGCAGUUGGAUGUAUUUCCAAAGGAUGAAAAGAGAGGAGCAACUCUUGUAUUUAAGUCUUUUUUAGCAGCUGUUUCUAAUCAAAGUUUCACCCCCCCCAGACUGGAUUUCUCACUGAGUUUAUGCAGCUUCCCCCCUUUUUAACAAAAUAAAAAAUGACAUACUUUUAAGGAA